AUGUCAGAAGUACUUCCAGUUGACUCUGGCGUGGACGCAUUGGCAGUGUUUAUGGCAAGCGGCAGCACGACGGACGUUGUGAACCGCAACAGCCCUGCCACCCCACCCAACACCCUCAACCUGCGCUCCUCCCACAAUGAACUUCUGAACGCCGAAAUUAGGCACACGGAGACCAAGAACACCACUCCUCCCAAGUGCAGGAAAAAAUAUGCGCUGACUAACAUUCAGACAGCCAUGGGCCUUUCUGAUCCAGCAGCACAGCCCCUUCUGGGGAACAGCUCUGCCAAUAUAAAGCUGGUAAAGAAUGGAGAAAACCAGCUCAGGAAAGCCGCGGAGCAGGGACAGCAGGAUCCCAACAAAAACCUCCCUACCACUGCAGGCAUAAACGUAACUUCUGAGAAGUUUGAAGGCAAAGAGCCGAUCCCACAGGAUUCCUCUGGCUGUGAAAUACUACCCUCGCAGCCAAGGAGGACCAAGAGCUUCCUGAAUUACUAUGCAGAUCUAGAAACAUCUGCUAGAGAGCUAGAGCAGAGUUUUGUUACGAUGGAAGAUAAGUCUGCACAAAGCAACAGCCAGGCGUCUACCAUUAUUGUCAAUGGGGAAGGCCUGCCCCGGAAACAGAACAAGCCAUCAAGCCCAGAGGAUGGCCAAGUUGCUGCAGUGUCAUCAAGCCCUGAGACUAAGAAAGACCACCCAAAAACAGGGGCCAAAACAGAUUGUGCCCUCCAUAGGAUUCAAAACCUGGCCCCGAGUGAUGAGGACUCCAGCUGGACUACGCUGUCCCAGGACAGUGCCUCGCCAAGUUCGCCUGAUGAAACAGCAGAUAUAUGGAGUGAUCAUUCAUUUCAGACAGACCCAGAUUUACCACCUGGCUGGAAAAAAAUCAAUGAUGUUGCUGGGAUCUACUACUGGCACAUACCAACAGGAACAACUCAAUGGCAGCGUCCCAUGUCCAUCCCAACAGAUCUCCAGGGCUCACGAGAAGGAUCACUUGGUUCCAUUACUCCAUCACCUACUCCAGAAACUGAGAAACAGCCAUGGAGUGAUUUUGCUGUACUGAAUGGGGGAAAGAUUAAUAGUGACAUUUGGAAGGAUCUGCAUGCAGCCACUGUGAACCCAGACCCAAGCCUGAAAGAGUUUGAAGGAGCAACGUUACGCUAUGCCUCUUUGAAGCUCAGAAAUGGUCCACAAUCUGAUGAUGAUGAUUCUUGUAGCAUCAACAGUGAUCCAGAAGCCAAGUGCUUUGCUGUGCGAUCCCUGGGCUGGGUAGAAAUGGCAGAAGAAGAUCUGGCUCCUGGAAAAAGCAGUGUUGCUGUGAACAACUGCAUCAGACAGCUCUCUUACUGUAAAAACGACAUCAGAGACACUGUUGGCAUUUGGGGAGAGGGCAAAGACAUGUACCUUAUACUGGAAAAUGACAUGCUGAACCUGAUCGAUCCCAUGGACCGCACAGUUCUUCAUUCGCAGCCCAUUGUGAGCAUCAGAGUCUGGGGCGUGGGGCGUGACAACGGCCGGUGA